AUGUUUAAACACAGAGUUCGUUCAUAUAGAGAACUUCCUCUUCGUUUUGCUGAUUUUGGGGUUUUGCAUCGAAAUGAGGCCAGUGGUGCCCUAAGUGGAUUAACACGUGUUAGGAGAUUUCAGCAGGAUGAUGCACAUAUUUUCUGCAGGGAGUCCCAGGUUAAAGAUGAAGUGAGAAAAGCCUUGGACUUCAUUGAUUAUGUCUAUCAAAUAUUUGGUUUCACAUAUGAACUGAAACUUUCAACGAGGCCAGAGAAUAAGCUUGGAGAUGAUGAAACGUGGGAUAGGGCUGAAAGUGCUCUCAAGGAGGCUUUGGAUGAGUUUGGCAAGCCGUAUUGGAGAUAA